GUGGUUGUUUGUGGGCACUCCGCACUGACGCGCACACAGUUUCCACUGCGCACCGCCGCGAUGCUGUUACCGUGCAGCACCCUGUUACUGCUGGCGGCUCUCUACUCAAGCGUAGACCUGACAGGGGCUGAGGGUUGUGGGGCAUCAUGUGGAAAAUGUGACUGCAGUGGUGUGAAAGGAAACAAGGGUGAGCGUGGAUUUCCUGGUCUUCAAGGUAAUAUGGGAUUCCCAGGGGUGCAGGGACCUGAGGGGCCUCCGGGGCCAAUGGGCCCCAAGGGAGAUCAAGGUGAACUUGGGGCCCCCGGACUGAAGGGAGUGAGGGGUCCUCCUGGUCUGCCAGGUUUCCCAGGAAAUCCAGGACAACCAGGCAUCAAUGGACACGACGGCCCCCCAGGUCCACCGGGUAUCCCAGGAUGCAAUGGGACGAAAGGGGAAAGAGGAAGGGAUGGCAUUCCUGGUUUUGUUGGUCUUCAAGGACCUCCAGGCAUGCCAGGACUUCCUGGAAUGAAGGGUGACCCUGGUGGUGUUAUUGGGAUUAUUCCCUUGAAAGGAGAUAGAGGAUUCCCUGGCACACCUGGAUUACCUGGAUCAAUUGGACCUCCUGGGCCUACCGGACCUCCAGGACCUCGUGGCAAUCAAGGACUCAAGGGUGAUCCUGGCCCUCCUGGCCCCCCUGGAGAUAAGGGUGACAGACUGGCUUUUGUGAGUGAGAAAGGACAGAAGGGUGAGCCAGGGUUUCAGGGCCCUCCCGGUCCUCCUGGACCAUCAAUGGGAGUGGAAGGAGGACAAACCACAGUGCAAAUACCUGGACCACCGGGACCCAGAGGAUAUCCAGGAGAAAAAGGAGAUAAAGGCUAUUGCAUCCCCCAUCUUAAUGGUAUCAAAGGUGAUACUGGCCCUCCUGGACCAAGCGGUAAACCUGGUAAAGAUGGAGAGGAUGGGCCAAAGGGAGAAAAGGGCUUUUCAGGAGCUCCUGGAUACCCUGGCUCUCAGGGUGAAAAAGGAGAAAGAGGACCACCAGGUUAUGGUGAUGGUUCCCCUGGUGCUCCUGGUCCUCGUGGUCCCCCAGGAUUACAAGGAGAAAAAGGUUUUCCUGGGCCCCAGGGAGAGGCAGGUCCACCAGGCCGACACAUUGAAGGGCCUAGAGGAGAGACGGGUCAGAAGGGUGACAUGGGUGAGAAAGGAGACAGGGGUAUGGAAGGAGAGUCUCUGGUUGGACCUCCAGGACAACCAGGAGAGCCUGGACCCCCUGGACCACCAGGACCCCCAAUUGACUCCAGUGAAUGUAACAUUGAGAAAGGUGCUCCUGGCCCACCUGGACCUCCAGGGUUACAAGGAGAACUGGGACAGAAAGGUGACAAAGGAGAUACCUGUAUUCAGUGUGAAUCUUCCGGCCCACCUGGAUUACCUGGUCCCCACGGGCCUAAAGGAGAGCGUGGACCUCCUGGGCCAGUAGGAAGCAAAGGAGAAAAGGGUCAAUCUGGCCUUCCUGGAGAACCUGGAAGACCUGGUAAUCCAGGGAAUCCUGGGUUGAGGGGAGCUCCUGGUGCUGUUGGUGAACCUGGGGACAUUUUCAUAGCUCCUGGCUUGAAGGGUGACAAAGGUCUUCCUGGUCUUGCUGGUUCACCAGGGCAGCCAGGAGUGAAUGGACAGCCAGGGAGAGAUGGCCCCCCGGGCUUUCCUGGCAUCAAAGGAGAACCUGCCAAAGAGGGUAUCAAGGGUGAGCGUGGACCAGAUGGGGACCCUGGUCUCAUUGGGGUCCCAGGAGAGAGGGGUCCCCCUGGUCUGCCAGGCAUCGGUCGACCAGGAGAGCCUGGAGAGAAAGGCGGUCAGGGGAGACCAGGAAUGCCUGGAGCUCCUGGAUCACCAGGUGCAAAAGGUGAGCCAGGUGUAAGUAUGAGCACUCCAGGACCUCAGGGAGCGCCUGGACCACGAGGUGAAAGCGGCAGACCUGGACUUCAAGGGGACAGAGGCCUGCCAGGAGACCCAGGGUUGCCAGGUUUCCCUGGUCAGAAGGGUGAACACGGACCUCCUGGAAUUGGUUUUCCAGGCCCAACAGGUCCGAAAGGAAUUAGUGGAAUUCCAGGGGCUCCAGGAUUACCAGGAGAGCCAGGAAGACCAGGACAGGAUGGCUUUACAGGACAACCUGGUGAACCUGGACAAAAAGGUGAACCAGGACGUGGUCUUGCAGGCCCAAAAGGUUCACAGGGCCCCCCAGGAAUUACUGGCUUCCCGGGAGAGAAGGGUGCCACUGGACUACCUGGUGUUCCUGGACGAGAAGGCCAGACAGGACCACCAGGAUCUCAGGGAAUCAAAGGUAACAUUGGACCCCCAGGACUUCCUGGACUGGUUGGCUUACCAGGUGCACCAGGAAAAGGCUCACCUGGAGCUCCAGGACCACAGGGACCACCUGGAGAGCCUGGACCGCAAGGUGGAGAGGGUGUAAAGGGAGAGAAGGGCUACCCUGGUCCUCCUGGUCUGGACAUGCCGGGGCCUCAGGGAGAAAAGGGAAGCUCUGGAUUCCCAGGACUCCCAGGCUCUAGAGGACUACCAGGGCCACCAGGCUUACCAGGCAGGGAUGGGCUGAUUGGAAACCAAGGUCCUAAAGGUGAAAUGGGGGUCAUGGGGACACCAGGAGUACCAGGUAGUCCUGGAUCCUCUGGCUCACCUGGAUCUCCCGGUCUGAGAGGUGACCCUGGUAUUACUGGACCAAGAGGCAACAUUGGAGAGCCUGGACCUAAAGGGGAAAGGGGAGAGCCAGGUCUUCAAGGACCUCCUGGGAACAUGAGCACAAUCGACAUGGGGCACAUGAAGGGGGAGAAGGGAGACAUUGGCGACACAGGUGAACCUGGGGUCACUGGAGAGAAGGGUCACCAAGGACAAGCUGGAGAUCCUGGAAUGCCAGGAAAAGAUGGAGAACCUGGCUUACCUGGACAACCAGGUGAUAAAGGAGACCAUGGUUUUCCUGGAAAGACUGGCAGUAUGGGACCCCCUGGACAGAAGGGCAGUGUAGGAGAGAUGGGUAUACCAGGUGCGGUUGGUCCAAAAGGUACUAAAGGAGAUAUUGGAACACCGGGACAUCCAGGGUUCAGAGGCACAGAUGGACAGAAAGGAGACCAGGGAGUACCUGGUGAGCCAGGAAUCGGGUUCCCAGGACAUCCAGGAGAAAAGGGUCAGGCAGGCCAGCCAGGAUUCCCAGGAUCACCAGGAGAGAAGGGUCAGAAGGGUCAUGGGGGUAUGCCUGGGAAACCAGGAAUGCAAGGACCCAAAGGAGAAAGAGGAAGCAUCGGGUAUCCAGGUCAGCCAGGUAGACCAGGUGACAAGGGUACCCCUGGGCUUCCAGGGUCUGCAGGAGAACCUGGUCGUGAAGGCCGGCCUGGCGAAGGUGGCAUGCAGGGACCUCCUGGUCCUCCUGGAGAGAAGGGAGAGCCUGGAGUUGACGGCAUCCCUGGAACGUCAGGGGAGAGAGGAGACCCAGGUUUACCUGGCCGAGGUUUCACGGGACCACCCGGAACACUUGGUAGCAAAGGAGACAAAGGUAGUCCUGGCUUCCCUGGCAAUCCAGGUCAUCCAGGUGUUCCUGGUAUCAAAGGCGACAAGGGGCUUCCAGGCCCACAGGGACCGCAAGGUGAGCCUGGAGACAGGGGAGACCCAGGUAUCUCCCUAGAGGGUCCUAAGGGAGAGAGGGGAGAAACAGGACAACCCGGAGAAGCAGGAUCCCCAGGAGCACCAGGGCCUGUUGGUGUGCCAGGCAGACAUGGCCAAAAGGGAGAGAAAGGAGAUCAGGGUCUUCCUGGUUUUUACGGAGAGACAGGACAAAAGGGUGACUCUGGAGUUCCUGGACUUCCUGGGCAACCUGGCCUUCCAGGUAUUGAUGGACAGAAAGGAGAAAGGGGAAUACAGGGUGUCCCUGGCUUCCCAGGUGCAAAGGGUAUUGUUGGGGACGGUGGAUUCAAAGGAGAGAUUGGAGACAGAGGAUUUCCAGGAGAAAAAGGCAAUGACGGUCCUCCAGGUCCCCCUGGGCCCCAGAUCUUUGUCAAAGGAGAAGCUGGAAUCCCAGGACCUCAAGGUUUCCCAGGACCACAGGGUCCAUCUGGGUUCCCUGGACAGAAAGGACAACAAGGUGUGACUGGUAUUCCUGGGCCAAAAGGUGAAGAAGGCAUUCCUGGAUAUCACGGUCAGCCUGGAGCCAAAGGAGAGCCUGGCCUGCCGGGACCACAAGGACCCAGAGGACACCCGGGCCCCCCAGGACCUGAUGGUGUACCAGGUCAAGUGGGUCCACCUGGCCCUUCCUCCAUGGAUCAUGGGUUCCUGGUAACCCGUCACAGCCAAAUGGUGGAGGUUCCACUUUGUCCUCAGGGAACCUCGCUCAUAUAUGAUGGCUACUCCUUACUCUAUGUACAAGGCAAUGCACGGUCUCAUGGACAAGACUUAGGUACGGCAGGCAGCUGUUUGAGAAAGUUCAGCCCCAUGCCCUUCCUCUUCUGUAACAUCAACAACGUGUGCAACUUUGCCUCUCGUAAUGACUACUCCUAUUGGCUCACCUCCCCUGAGCCCAUGCCCAUGAGCAUGACACCUAUCACUGGUGAAAGCAUCAAACCCUUCAUCAGCAGGUGUGCUGUGUGUGAGGCCCCAGCCAUGGUGAUAGCCGUUCACAGUCAGACCAUCAUGAUCCCUCCGUGUCCUCACGGCUGGGACUCUCUCUGGAUUGGCUACUCCUUUGUCAUGCAUACCAGUGCUGGUGCUGAGGGUUCAGGCCAGGCUCUGGCGUCUCCUGGCUCCUGUCUGGAGGAAUUCCGCAGCGCUCCAUUCAUUGAGUGCCACGGUCGUGGAACCUGCAACUACUACGCCAACUCCUACAGCUUCUGGCUCGCCACCAUCGAAGACAAUGAGAUGUUUACGAAACCUGUUCCUACAACACUAAAGGCUGGCAGUCUCAGAACACACAUAAGCCGCUGUCAGGUGUGCAUGAAGAGGACAUAAACCCCCGAACAUGCUCCUUUUCAACAUGCAAGCAAUACCACAUCCGCUGACGUCCUCGACUUGGCUUUACUUCUUGUUUUGCAAGGAUGGUGCUAUUUCCCUGCAUGUGUGAGAGGAGAGGGACAGAGACAUGGUUUGCAAAACAGCCAGUGAUCAAACUUUACAAACCAGAACACAGAGACCAUGCGGCCUUUUGCUCCAGGCAGAAACACUUAACUAACAUGAUCACAACAUGUCUCUAAAGAAUGGCACCCAGUUUACCACUGCACUGAAUACAUGCCCCCUGAACUGGUAAACUGGUGUUCAUUUUGAAAGGGUUGUUUGUGUAAGUCAGGUGCUAUCGAAUCUUACUUAUCUGCUCUAUUCUAUGAUGUGUUGUUUUUUUCCCUUCUCUACAAGUGCCACAGCUUUCAAAGAUAUAGCUACAUUAAUAUUAUAGAUUUUCACACCUUAUAACUUCUACUAAUGUAAAGGAUGGGACUUACCACUGGUUACAGAAGCUUGUCAUUUCUUAAAUCACAAUAUGUUGCCACCACAGAUAUAUAACCAUCACUCUGUUGUAAAUAUAAUGCAUUCCUCUCUAACACAGUUCAACAUACUCUCCUCAGGUUAUUAUUGAAUUACAUUGUGUUAUUAGCUCCAUUUUUAUUUAUAAGAUUUAUGAGAAUAUGUUGGACUUGAGUGUAUCUGAGAUUUCAUUGAUCCAAAAGCAGUGUUUCAACAUCUGACAACCAGCACCUAAUGAACAUACAAAACAGCACUGAAAUAGUAUUGGCAGGUGUGUGUAUGUGUGUGUGUGUGUGAGUGUACAGCAACGAGUGCAUUUGUGCUGCUUGGAAGUGGUGUUUGUGUUGUGAUGUUUUCAUAUAUAUUGUUGCACAACCCUGUUGCUGACAUAAUUCAAGACAAAUGCACAAAAAGGAAUAGACAGAAAAAAAGAAAAUCACCUUUCCCAUGCCUUUACUCUGUCAGAACAUUGUGUAUAACAGAGUGUUAAAGAAUUUACUCCUCUCACAUUAAGCGAAAUCUUUCUGAUCUUUGAUCCUAAAGAAAUGCACAUGUACAUAUACUCACACAUAACAUGUACUUGCUAUUUUGCUCAUGUACUUGACUGUUCCCGUUUGCGAAUUACUUUUGCUGUCCCUGUUGAUUUUGUGCAAACAUUAUUUUUGGAUAAGAGUAAAGGGUUAUCAUGUGAUGGCUGCAUAUUCAAGUCAAAUUCAUACAGAUGAGGAGGAUUGUAUUUAUAAGUGCCUCUGCAAGUUGAGAUGUUUUGCACACAGCAGUUUUAGAUAACUUCAGUCAUGUGUCAAUGCUAGAAAGGCCUUUUGGACCCCAAACAUGGUUUCUAUGUCCCUUUCAGAGCAAUUGAAAGAUGCAGAGUUUUAUAUUGUUAAAGUUUUAGCAAUUACUCUACACUGACCGUAACCUGUUUGUGUGUGUUGUGCUUGGUUGUGAUAAAAUGCUCCAUGAAGUACAUACAGUAUUUGCAAUCAUAAAAACAAACUUGAUUACGGUGGGAAUGAUCUUAACUGAUUAACAAACAGAACCAAACAUACUUCAUCGACAUUUUAUAUUUUCAAGAUUCCAUACUGUGUAAUUCCUGCAAUAAAGUGAUUUGUAGAAUAACCUUAUUAAUUAAUUUAUCAUAGGUGUUAUUUUUCUUUUUGCUUUUU